CGGGGGUGGGGGUGCAGUUUGGAAGCUUUAAAGCGCGUGCAGCUCCUCCACGGAGCCGGAGACCUCGCAGCCGCCGACACCGACGGACCGAGACGCUGCUGGAAACUCAGCGAAGCCGGAGUCGCGAGCAGCGGAGAGGAUUUGUGAAUGAAGUCUCAGCGCAGAACCGUGAUUCACGCGCCGCAGACCUGGAAACCUGCACGUGAGCCUGGACCUAAGCGACGGAGCGGGAGGUUUCCGCUCCGAACGCUCUUCACUGAAGAUCCUCUGGGCGUAAAUGUCCAAAGCAGAGGACGCGCCGCUCCAGUGCCAAAGCGCGCAGCCAUGCGCGCGCUCUCCCGCUGAAAGACGCGCAGGCGUGCGUGAUGCUGAAUGGACCGACCUUCCGACCCGAUGCGACUCGUCGACCCGAGGCACCUUCCGCAACUGAUGUCCCUGGAGGACGAUGAGCGCGUGCUGCUGGGAGGGACCCUGGGGCCCCGCAACUCCACGCCGGCGGGGGAGGAGGGCAGCCCGGGGCAGCGCUACCCGUCCUUCCCCUGGGUGGCGACGGUGCUGGCCGGGGUUCUGAUCACGACCAUCGUGGUGGAUGUUAUCGGGAACCUGCUGGUCAUCGUGUCCGUGUUCAGGAACAGGAAACUCAGGAAAGCAGGAAACGCCUUCGUGGUGAGCCUGGCUCUGGCCGACCUGGUCGUGGCCAUCUACCCGUACCCGCUGGUUCUGAGCGCCAUCUUCCACGACGGCUGGAUCGCCGGCUACAUCCACUGUCAGAUCAGCGGCUUCCUCAUGGGCCUCAGCGUCAUCGGCUCCAUUUUCAACAUCACCGGCAUCGCCAUCAACCGCUACUGCUACAUCUGCCACAGCCUCAAGUACGACAAGCUGUUCUCCAGCAGCCACACCCUGUGCUACGUGGUUCUGGUGUGGGCGCUCACCAUCCUGGCCAUCGUUCCCAACUGGUUUGUGGAGUCGCUGCAGUACGACCCGCGGGUCUACUCCUGCACCUUCGCCCAGUCGGUCAGCUCGCUCUACACCAUCGCCGUGGUGGUGGUGCACUUCAUCCUGCCCAUCGGCAUCGUCACCUACUGCUACCUGCGCAUCUGGAUCCUGGUGAUCCGGGUGCGGCGCCGGGUCAAGCCGGACUCGCGGCCCAAGAUCAAGCCGCACGACCUGCGCAACUUCCUCACCAUGUUCGUGGUGUUCGUGCUGUUCGCCGUGUGCUGGGCGCCGCUCAACCUGAUCGGGCUGGCGGUGGCGCUGGACCCGCGGCUGAGCCGGGCCAUCCCCGAGUGGCUGUUCACCGCCAGCUACUUCAUGGCCUACUUCAACAGCUGCCUCAACGCCGUGGUCUACGGCGUCCUGAACCACAACUUCAGGAAGGAGUACAAGAGGAUCCUGCUGAUCAUCUUCAAGUUCCACUGCUGAGAGAGACCCACCUCCAACAGGGAGGAGGGACGGAGUCCGUGGGGCCUUCAGGGAACACUUCACACAGACUCCUAACUUAGUAAGACUCCAGUCUGACGACGGAUUAUCCAAACACUGUGAUCAUCUCCGCCUCGUGGUUUUUUUGAUGCACACUCCCCUGUGAAACACCAUUAUUGCUCCGUUGCUCUUACGUUUUAAAGGACUGGGACCUCGUUCACAGAAGAGUAAACCAACGAGCACAGACUUCACAACGAGGAGGGUUUGGCUCAGCAGCAGAUGUGUUUGUUGUGUGUGAAGGCAACGCAGCGUGAUGCACGUCUGAAUCAAGCAGUGAUUAAAGGUGAACGCGCGGUUUCAAACAUUUAGCCUUAACGUAAACUCCCAUCGAGACUCAAAUGAGUUCGCUUCAUCUCCAGAAUUUACUUUAAAAACAAGUUUAUGAUGUUGGACAAAGCAAACCCUCAGAGGCCUCAAAACCAGGAGGACGGACACGGAACCGCGGCGCUGAGCGUCUGAUCCAACUAGAACAAAUACAGAACUCUAUUACGCUAAUGUGAACCACAAGGGACCAGAUUAAACUUCUUUUUUCUGUUUGAUCUGUUCUGAGUCUGAGAUUCAAAACCACACAGACAACAAUGGAACAAGUAAAUAGACUCUAAUAUUAAAAAUGUUUGACAAUUGGACGACAGAUUAAAACACGUAGAAGACGCUCUGACUCAGACGUCUCUUGGGGUCCGUGGUUCCGUGGGUCCGUGGUUCGUUCCUCCUCCACGUCAUCACCUUUGACCUGAGGCAGGAGCAGCUCGCGGUGGAGGGACUCGCUCGGCCGCGUCUCAGCCAAUCAGAAGCAAUACAGCGCUCCCAUAGUUCACCCUCUGGGCUCCGAUCCCAGACUUUACACACGAGACUCCGCUUUGGGACCACGUCACUGUGUUAACGCUGCUGAAGAAGCUGUGAUCGUGACAUCAGCAGGUCCAGAUGUUGGAGUUGUGUUUGAGCAGACAGAACCGAUCCCAGAACAGCGUUGAUGCUAAGCUUCAACCAUCCGACAGUUCAGUUUGACUCUAAGUGCAGAGUCAGUAUAAACACAGGUGGAGGUGGAGCCUCCAGCUCAUUAACUAGAAGCACUUGAUUCAGAUUUGAAUUCUAAAAUCAGCUUUUAAUCAGACACGUUAUUUGUGAGCUUCAGAUUAAUGUUCCUGCUCGGGACGAAGCUCCACGAGUUUGGUCUCGUUUCCAGUCUCAGUUUUUAAUAAUUUUUUGUAUCAAAUGAAGAAAAGCAAAUAUAAGUCAACCUUUAAACAACGUUGCUUGCUUUGUUUUACGUUCAUUUUUUCACAGGUUUUGUAGGUUUUACUUCUCGUGACGAUCUCAUUUAUUUAUUUACCUAAAACCAACUGGAAACGUUCUGUGGUUCUGGUCCGUUUCGUUACCAAAGCAACGUGUUCCACAUCCUAAAGCACAACUCAUCGCAGUUUACAUAAUGAAAGGAACUGACUUUUAAUAAACACGGCAUGGGUCCCAUGAUGAGACCAUAUUUAUACAACAUGUUAUUUGUACAAGACGCUCGUCUGUGACAUCAUCAUCAAGUGACUGUGACACCAUGAGUUACAGCAGCGGCCUUUUUCUUUUAAUGCUAAAACAUCUGUGCAAUGAUCUUCUUGUUAUUUGUGUGUGCGUGUGUGUUGUGUGUGUGUGCGUGCAUGUGUGUGUGUGCGUGCAUGUGUUGUGUGUGUGUGUGUGUGCAUGUGUGCGAGUGUAUGUUGUGUGUGUGUGUGUGCAUGUGUGCGAGUGUAUGUUGUGUGUGUGUGUGUUGUGUGUGCGCGUGUGUGUGUGUGCGCGCAUGUGUGCGAGUGUAUGUUGUGUGUGUGUGCGUGCAUGUGUUGUGUGUGGCAGACGGUCGGUCACACUCGGACUGAGAAUGUACCCGUUUCCUUUUUCAUACGCUGUUUUUGCACAUCGCUGUGGAGGACGCGUCCACUGAAUGUCUGUAAUGUGAGACAGAAACAUGCUGAGCCCUUAAUAAACCAACGUUCACUGUGA